AUGGAUCUUUACCCACCGCCGCCAUUGCAUCACCAAGAUCAUUUACUAUCGUGGGAAGCCGGACUACCUUCCUUCGCGAUGGAUCCGACACUGGCCCAGGACUUUCCCUUUGACCCGCAAUUGUUCGCCGAACCUCUGGCUUUCGACACAUUUGAACCAGCUUCUGCAUCAGCUUCCUCGACUCUCACAUUUCAGAGCCCGGAUAUCUUCUCUCACGCCAGUCAUGAGUCGACCGAUAGCUUGACAUCUCCUCCUUCGCAAUGUGCAGGAUUCCUGCCAGCGCUGACCUUCGAGUCCACCGCUUUCGAGCCGUCGCCUGAACGAGAACACGCCUCGUACGUCCAGAUCGUAGGAAUCAGUGGCGAGCUGGAUCCGUGCCUGCUGUCGAAGUACGAGUACGACGAGGACAAUGAGACGAAGCAUCAUGAUUUCAAGAUUCGCAAGACCUCCGCGGUAUCGGAGGAACAUGCAGGAAAGACGACAGCUGAUCAAACGUUCCUCCUUGUCAAGUCCAAAACUUACUCUACGUCCGGUGCGUUUCACUGGCGUCAAGAUCUGGAAAAACUUGUCCCGUCAGCACAAGGCGCCGGCCUCGUCGAUCUAUUCUACAAACACAUCCACCCGGUUCUCCCAAUUCUUCCACAAUCCACAUUCUCCAGCACCUCACCAUCGGAAUCGGAGUUCCCACCUCAUUUGUCGGCCGCUGUAUACGCUCACGCCCUUUCGUUCGUCCCUUCGGACGCUCAUCCCUCCAUUGCGCAACCUUCAAAGAGUGGCCAAUUGCAAGAAAGACUCUUAGCCUUUUCCUACGCUGCACUCCAAUCCGCAAUCCAAACACCGGACGUGACUGUCAUCCAGACGCUCCUUCUUCAUCUCAAACGAGGACACGAUUCUGGUGCGCUCGACUCAGCCUCGACCAGCCCGCACAGCCGUCUCCCGCACGAGACCGAUGCGGCGAAGUGGACGAUGAUGUGUCAAACUCUCGGCCUUGCUCAAGGCCUUGGUCUAGACCAGAAUUGUGCAUCGUGGACGACUAUAUCCCGUGCUGAGAGGAAGUUGCGUAAGAGACUGGCUUGGGCAGUGUGGGUGACCGAGAAGUGGUUGGCCACUGGACUGGGUCGACGAAGUCUCAGUGGGAAGAUUGGAGAAGAUUGGGAGGUGCCUUACCUUACGGCAAAGGACUUCCAUGAAGAUGGAGGCAGAGGUGGUCAAGAAGCCGAUGCUCACGAUAGCUUGUCACCUGCGCCGUCGUCCUCGCCAAAGAAUAUACUUAGCAGCAAGAAGAGAAAGUGGGAUAGUGAGGAGACGGAGGUGAAAGAAGCUGAUCCAGGACACUUCAUCCACCUCUGUACGCUGACAGAGAUCGUCGAUGACAUUCUCACGGAGCUGUAUUCUCCGACGGCAAUGAGGACACUAGCAGGAAAUUUGGAGAAUACGCUCGAAGUUGCGAAGCCAUUACGACUGAGGCUCGGAGAGUGGCAUCGAGGAUUGCCCGCGGACUUGUCGGCGACAUUGACUACCACGGCUAGCACUGCGACCUCUCCAUCAUCCGCUCUCACACCAUCCAUUGUCGAACAAGCUUCAGGCCCAUCAACGGCAUCCCUAGACCAUUCAGCAUCGCCGAUUGUUGAGAAGACAUCGACCUCUCCAGCGACCUCACCGUCUAGCUGCUUACCCUCCAUGUCGCCAGAGGGGACGACUCUCCACUACGCCACUGCCCAGCCUUCCGUCCCGUACACAUCACUACACCUCUCCUACAUCACCGCCAAGAUUCUCAUUUUCCGAGCCCUCCUACGAGCGUCCGCGUCUCUGUCCAUACCCAAAGACAACGCAUACUGUCCCGCUCUCGAAGCGCUUCGUGUCGGGUCUCUUGCCACCGCCCACGAAAUCAUAUCCUUCGUCAGCAAUCUCCCGCCCCAGGCAUAUGCUUCUGCCUUGUGGCCGGCCUAUGCCACGCAGCAGAUCGGGACUGCGUCGAGCUUUUUACUUCUGCUCGCGCACACAACGGACGGUGGGCAUGGAGCAGAGGCGAGGGAGGUGGUAAUGGAGUGGACAGACGUACUUCGGGCGAGGGCCCCACAAUUUGGCGUGCUGAGAAGUGGACUGAACAUCGUGGAGCACGGAAUGGAAAGACUGCCUGGCAACAUGGGAAAGAGUGAACGGUAG